CUCAUUCUUUCUUACAGGCUGCAACUUAUAGCCUCGCUCAGCACCACUCUCAUUUUUCGUUUCCGUUUUUCGUUCCUUUCCACUCCAUUCUUCCUUACAUGUAUUUUGUUCCUGUUUUGUUUUCACCAGCAGUGUUUGACAAUGGGUAUUCACUUAAGCUCCUCUUGGAGAACCCCUAGAGGCUGGAGGUUGAUCAGCGUCACACUCGUCGUCCUGACCCUGCUACUUGUUAUACCCCUCCAUCGACUCAGCGACGAUUCCCCGGGCGUUUAUGGCCAUCUGACAAAAUAUCUCAGCCAUGAGGGUGCCGCCUACGACGUUGAAGAAGGCUUCGUUGCCAACCUCAACGAAACCACCAACGACCAAAUAUUAAAUGACGAAGAAACCGUAGAGCCCGCAGAACCCGCCCGAGAGAUCUCUUACGAUACAGAUUCACCCCAAUAUACUGGCGAGGAGGAGAAGGAACCCUCCAAGAACCUCGAGACGCCGGUUGUAGCCCAGCAGCCAGAAGGCGACAAGAAGCCGAAUGAUGACGACGACGGAUCAGUGCUUGAAGUCGAUCGCAGCAUCGAGAUCGAACCUACCCUCAGCAACCAAAUCCACAGCACAAAAAUCUAUAGCGAGGCAUCUGAGGAGACAAGCAAACCCGAGGCCAUCGAGAUCAAGCCGCAGGGUGAUAAAAUCGGCGAGAACAAGGCAGACAACGACAAGCCCCAGCAAGUCGAGAACAAAAUCCAUGAUAACGAUGAUAAGCGACCCAGUGGAAUUAAGGUUCCUGACCUGACGCAGAAACAUAAGUACCUCGAAAACGAAGACGGCAAGGGCGCAACAGCAACCAAAGCUUCUGAAGUAAGCUCUACAACCAGCAUCGCAGGAGCGUUUACUCCUUCACAAACGGCAGAAUUGGACGUUCCCUCAGGUCCUCUGUCCAAUUGGACUGGCGUCUGUGAAGGGUUCCCUAAUACGGACGGCAUUAUGCUUGUCAUGAAAACGGGUGCCACGGAGGCGUUCACCAAGCUCCCGGCCCAUCUCUUGACGAGUCUGCAAUGUCUGGACGACUAUCUCCUAUUUUCUGACUUGGACCAGCAAAUUGACAAGUACCAAAUCUACGAUGUUCUCAAGGAUGUCAAGGACGAUGUCAGGCGAGGCCGAAAAGAGUUUGACCUUUACAAGGCACAGGUUGAUUGCCCAAUCCCUCAGCAAUAUUGCACCGCCGGCCUGACUGGUAAGGAUGGCUGGAAUCUUGAUAAGUACAAAUUCCUCCAUAUGGUUGAGAAAGCCUGGGAGAUGCGCCCCAAUAAAGAGUGGUACGUGUUCGCCGAGGCCGACACCUACGUCUUCUGGCCGAACUUGGUGUGGUACCUUCGCAACAGGGUCAAUGGCACAGAGACUCCGUAUGUCGGAAGUGUCGCGAUGCUCAAAGGCAAGCCUUUUGCCCAUGGAGGCAGUGGCUAUGUUAUCCACGGUGACACCAUGAGGAAGAUGGCCCAAAUCCCUGACCUGGCACACAAGUACGACAUGAUGGCCACGCAUGAAUGUUGUGGUGAUUACCUCAUGUCCCUGGCUGUCCAGGAGACAGGCAAGAAAGUCAAACAGGCGCACCCGAUGUUCAACGGCGAGAAACCUGUUACUUUGCCCUUUGGUAACAACCACUGGUGCGAGCCCCUCCUGACAAUGCACCACAUGGACCCUGAAGAGGUCAGCGACGCUUGGCACUUUGAGAAGACGCGACACAAAAAGGGUCCUGUCCAAAUUCGGGAAAUGUACCAUCAGUUCUGGGCCCCCAGGCUGGAAUCGGAGCACGAUGAAUGGGACAACUUAUCCGAUGAUGUCUGUUACAUCGGCUUCGGCUCUGAAGCCCAAGCCAAGGCCUCGGAUCAUCAAAGGAACCGACAAAGAAAGGAGGGCGAUAAAAACGCUGUGGAGCAGCAGGCGCACCGUUCCAAAGAGCACUGUGCCAAGGUUUGCGAAAGCGAUGGCCUCGGCAUCUCUGAAAAUGACUACUAUGGCCUCAAGGACGACAAUGAGCGCAACAAAAUGAUCAAGAACCGUUACAACCAGAAGAGAGGCGACAAGAACUGGAAUGCUAGCCGCCGUUGCUUCCAGUGGCGCUAUCACAACAACAUUUGCUGCGUUGCUAAAAGCUUCAAGAGAGGAAAGCCUCGCAAGGAACCAAAGCCAGAGGAGAGAUGGACGAGCGGCUGGUUUGUCCAGGGCAUCAAUGACUGGAUUGAUGCCAAGGGGGACUGCACACCCAAUUGGAAGGACCCCAGGUAAAACACCUAAGCACUAAGACGUACACUUUCGUUUGUAUUUCUCUUUUUUACUGCCAAAAAAAUUGGCAGAGUAUGGACAUGAGAGGCGGGUUGGCAUUAUUGCCUUCUGGAACGGCGUUUACGGAUUCGGGUAAUUUCUACUAUGAUGAAGGGACACAUACACUUCUUGGACGCAGAUGGGUUUUGUUUUCUUUAUUGCUUUCGGUCAAUUUCUUGGCGCAACCUUGCAUGGUCUGUUGAUUAGAGUAGAGUGGACUGAAGAGGAUGACUACUCGCUCCUCUGUUAUUAGAUGAAGGGCUUAGAUUGGGUAGUCGACGAGUUCACAUGCGUGUUAGACACGACGGGAUGGAUAGGCUUUUCUAUAACGGCUUAGAGACGCAUGAUAACAAAAGCUCUAUACAAGAAAGAUCCUGUUUAUUACUGAUA